UGGUAGCAGAAGUACAAUAACCCCAAUUCUGUACUGGUGCGCAACAUAAUAUGACUGGUUGAUGCUUUAAAAGGGGUAAAUAAUAUGAGGCACAUACUUUCAAUUCGAUAAGACUCUAGGGAGGGCCUUUGGGCUGUGAGCUAAAACCUCUGAACUAAAGAAUACCAAUCCAGAGGACUGGAGAAAACAGCAAACCAAACCGAAAUGGUUGCGGCGAUGUUCUACAACGAGGUGUUGCCCUUUGUGGCUUUGGUACUCAUGGAAUGCAUUAAUGUAGGGCUAAACACGCUGUUCAAAGCCGCCACAAACCAAGGCAUGAGCAACUACGUCUUCAUCGUCUACGCUUAUGCCGUCGCCGCUAUCUGUCUCCUCCCCUCUCCCUUCUUCUCCACCAGGUCUAUAUACACUUUAUAGCGUGCAAAAAACACUUCUAUGUAUAUUGUAUAUAAUUAGACAGCAACAAUACUACGUCUGGUUUGGAUGAUGCAGAUCAAAAGUGCUUCCUCCGCUGAACUGCUCCAUCACCUUUAAGAUUCUCAUGCUUGGCAUCAUAGGAUGCGCAUCACAGAUCAUGGGGUAUGCAGGAAUCAGCCUCAGCUCUCCAACUCUAGCUUCUGCCAUCAGCAACCUUGUCCCUGCCUUCACAUUUAUUCUUGCUCUUUUUUUCAGGAUGGAGACUCUAGUGUUUAGAAGCACAACUAGCAGGGCCAAAGUGGCAGGCACAAUAGUGUCGGUCACGGGAGCUUUUGUAGUGACUCUCUAUAAGGGACCUAGAAUCGCAUUUACUACUUCUCCGUCUACCACUUCAAAUGCCCUUCGGUUUCUGGGAUCAGUGCAAUCCAACUGGAUGUUGGGCGGACUUUUUCUUACAGCAGAGUAUCUUUUGGUCCCAAUGUGGUACAUAGUCCAGACACAAAUCAUGAAGGUAUACCCAGCAGAACUAACUGUUGUAUUCUUCUACAACUUAAUUGUGAGCGUACUUGCUGCAAUCGUGGGGGCUUUCAUGGUACCAGACCUGAAUCAAUGGAAGAUUAGACUGGAUAUCUCUCUAGUCUCUAUCAUCUGCUCUGGCAUCUUUGGGUCAUUUGUGAACAAUACCAUCCACACAUGGGCAAUAAGAGUAAAGGGACCGGUUUACGUAGCAAUGUUCAAGCCACUGUCAAUUGCUAUAGCCGUGGCCAUGGGAGUUGUCAUCUUGGGUGACACUCUCUACCUGGGAAGCAUUAUUGGAUCAGCAAUCAUAGCUGUUGGAUUCUAU